AUGCCUUCAGAUCACACCCCCAUUCUAACCCACCCCAAUCUAGGCAGAAUCCGCGGCAUCCAAGUCACACAGCACCUGACCGAGUUCCACUCCCUCCCAUACGCCCUCAUACCCCAGCGCUUCGCCCGUUCCCAGCCCCUAAACCGCUACCCAGGAAGCGACGACAGCAGUAGGAUCUACGACGCAACCAAAAUCAGACCAUGCAGUAUCCAACCCCUCAACUCCACCCAAAAGGACGUCGACUCAAACCAGCUACCCACCAAAGACAUCAUCGACGGGGAGCAGGAUCAAAGCGAAGACUGUCUGCGGCUAACAAUCACGGUCCCAACGAUAAAUCUGACAGAAGAUGAGCAGGCGAAACUCCCAGUCCUGAUCUUUUUGCACGGCGAGUCCAAGCCAUUGGUCUUCGUGUCUGUGAACUAUCGGCUUGGGGCUUCGGGGUUCUUUCAUUCUUCAGAGGCUCCGGAUUUGGUGCCUGCGAAUAAUGGUCUUCAUGAUCAGAUUCGUGCGUUCGAGUGGGUCAGGGAGCAUAUUUCUGGCUUCGGUGGUGAUUCGGACAAUGUCACAGCCAUGGGGCAGUCUGCUGGUGGCGAGUCUUUGUCGCUGCAUAACAUCAGUGGUAUUGCUGCGCCGCUGUAUAAUCGGAGUAUUGCCUUAGCCGGUACGCCUAACUUCCGCCACCAAGCGAUGAAACUUGGGAUUGCGACGAAUGGGAGCCGGAGUAGUGAGGAUAUCGCAAAAACCAUGAUCGACACCCCAGGGGACAAGAUCCGGGAUCUCAACUUCGUCGGCGCGCCUUGUACCUCGAGUGAGAUCCUGCCAUAUGAUAGACCGACCAUGGAGCUUAGUGCCUCAGGACCGCAGACUACUGUGAAGUGGCUUGAGAGCCAGAUUGUCAGUGCUGCAGGCUAUGAUGGAAGUAUCAGCUGGAUCAUCACGAAGAACAACCCGAAGCGGAAAGACCAUGCCAGGAGUUUCAAAGCCAUUGCUGUGGAUGUGCUUGGUCAGGGCCUGGCCGUGGAACUGUGCGAGUUGUAUGGCAUCAACGACCGCAUUUCGGACGAUGAUACCUUGACCGAGAUAUGCCAGUUCGAAAGUGACAUGAGUUUCAUCCGCGCGGCUGAAGCAGUGGCGGAGGCUAUUCGACUUACCGAAUCCGUUCCCAGGGAUGCUGGAACCCGGCAAAUUUUUUCGACGCACACCUGGGAUAUUGUGGCGCUUCUCGGAGCGUACGACGAGCGGCUGAGUGAGGAUUAUGAUAGUGUCGUGGAGGAGUGUAGGAGCAAGAUCAUCGGAUACUGCGUGACGGGUCAAGAGCCUUGGAGUGCUGUGCAGGACAGCGAGGCCAUGUCUGUCAGUAAGAGCGGCCUCAAUGUGGUCGAUGUCAACUCCUUGCCGGGUUCAGAACGGAAACGAGAGCUCGAUAGAAUUGCCUCUGCCGCGAAGGGAGACAGUGGACAUGAUCUUCUGUGGGAAGGCGUUUAUAGGCGCUGGCUGGAUCAGGGUGAAUAG